AGAGUUCAGGCUAAAGCGCUGGACGCUGCCAUAUUGCGUCGUGUACGUUGCUGUUGAUGGAACACAUCUAGUGAAAAGCUAACAUCUAACGGAUUACAUUCGGCCACCAAUCAUUCAAGAUGUUUCUGUGGGACUGGUUCACUGGUAUGCUACAAUUUCUAGGUUUGUACAAAAAGUCGGGCAAGCUCGUAUUUCUGGGCCUGGAUAACGCAGGAAAGACGACGCUGCUGCACAUGCUCAAAGAUGAUCGAAUGGCUCAGCACGUCCCCACCUUCUAUGCAACGUCAGAAGAACUGACAAUGGGAGGCAUGAAGUUCACAACCUUUGACCUUGGUGGACAUAAGCAAGCGAGGAAGGUGUGGAAGGACUACUUCCCAGCUGUUGAUGCCAUAGUGUUUCUAGUAGAUGCCUACGACAGAGACAGGUUUAGGGAGUCAAAGUCAGAACUUGAUAGCUUGUUAACGGAUGAGCAGGUGGUGGGCUGUCCGGUGCUAGUACUCGGUAACAAGAUCGACAUCCCUGGUGCUGCGAGUGAAGACGAGCUACGAUCAAUGUUCGGCCUGCACGGCCAGACAACGGGCAAGGGUAACAUUCCGAAGGGGGAGCUGCAUGGUCGCCCGCUGGAGCUGUUCAUGUGUAGUGUGCUGAAGAGACAGGGAUACGGCGAGGGAUUCCGCUGGCUCGCACAGUACAUCGACUAGAGGGCGCCACUGCUGCCACCCCCACAUCGAAACUCGCUCGCUCUGGGACGUGGCAGGAGGGUCGGGGAAGGGUGGCGUGAUCGUGGCGAGAGACGCAUCUCUCCCCCGGGCACGCCGUCCCUCCUUCCCCCACCUCGCGCUCGUCCCCCGCGCAGCUGCAGCGGGGAGAUGCAAUGGCAACGAGAGAGGAGCGCCAACGAGAGAGGAACCACGGCAACGAGAGAGGAAUCACGGCAACGAGAGAGAGUCGGAAACGAGAGAGGAACCAUGGCAAGGAGAGAGAAUCGACAAUGAGAGAGAGGAUCGACAACGCAAGAGAGGAACGGCAACGAGAGAGGAACCAUGGCAACGAGAGAUGAUCGACAAUGAGAGAGAGGAUCGACAACGCGAAAAGUCGGCAACGAGAGAGGAACCAUGGCAAUGAGAGAGAAUCGGCAACGAGAGAGGAUCACCAAGAGUCGUCACAGCAGACGCUGCGGCCUGGUUCCAUCCUGGAGGCAGAAGAGAAAGAAGAGAACAUGGAAACAUGGAAGCGGUUGCCGUGGUGAUGCAGAGUUGUGGGCUACUCUUUCCGUUCGUCGUUGUUCCCCGCGGACGGAGUGUGUUCUCUUGUUUAUGCAACGAACGAACGGCGCCCCCUCGCUCGUCUGUCGUGAAAGUCGCGGUGGCGACCUCGAUGUAAGCGGAGUUUGGGUGCGUACCGUGCAAUUGUUUUAGGUCUACUUGUGCAGGGGGAGCCACCCGUCUCUCUGCGCGGUGUUUCCCAGAGAGAGAGAGAGAGAAGGGGGCGUUUUAAGUCGAGGCAUUCAUCUUCUCGGAUAACUUAAUAAUAUAUGUGAUGGCGGCUUUGGGCUGUCGUCGUAAGUGCAUCGUCAUCCUCAUCUAAUGUUUCAUUGCUCAUCUUCGUCGUCUGUUGCCGUUAUCGUCACUGCCAUCACCAUGGUGAUAUCCUAGUAAUUGCCUUCAUUCGCAGUCAAGGUGCGCCAUUGUAGGUGGCGCCUCUGGGAUUGUAGAUGUGAGGGCAUUGUCGUUGCCAUGGAGAUAUUUUUGGUUUCGUAGACGAUGCGCGUUCCCCGACAAUCGUGAUGCCUUUGGGAGUGAGAUAGUAACGCAAGAUUGAUUAUAUAUGACAAAGUUAAUAUUGCCGUCUUGCUCCGAUAUGUUUUAUUGAUGACCGAACGUGAGUGGCAGAGCAAGUGCAGGGAGAGUUUUCUCCCGUUAACAUAGAGGGAUAACGCGUCUCUGCCGCGCGCACGCCGUGUCUGCUGUUUAAUUUAGGUGUCUGUCCAAGCUCUCUCGGAGCGCGCGGGAGGACAGUCACCGUUGCUGUGCAAGCGAGCAUCAAAUUGUAAAUACUACAUUAAUGUGGGGAUCGGUGGGUUUGCAAUCCAUGUGCAGUUGGCUGCGCGGACAACUGCGCAAGUUCUUUCUGCUGAGGUAUGUAUGGACUUUGUUGUCGUAGCAACCCUGUGUCCAGUAACGACAGGUAGCGUGUUAAAUAGUUGCUCGAACCGGCGAUAGGUGGCAGCAGUGGUUUGCUAGCUAGCACUAAGGACUGGCGAACUUUUUGUGAACAGUUUGUUUCUCUCUCCCUCUGUCUGUCUAUCUCUCUUCCUAGGCACGUACGCACACGUGCACACACACACACACGCACAGACACAGACACACACACACACACACACACACACACACACACACACACACACACACAUUUCUCUUUUUCAAAUUCAUUCUCUCUCUCUCUCUCUGACUCUCUGUCUCUACUGACUGCCUCACCGGUGCUCCCCACUUCCCUUCAGCCAGCCGUCAACAGAUUAAUAUAUAUAUCGGCAUGUGGCGUGACGUCUGAUUUCAUGAGGCAUGUCGCGUCGCGUGUGUGUGUAGGUUUGUGCGCAGGUUUGUAGGUUUGUGCGCAUGCACGUUGCUAGGUUGCUAGCGAACCUAUCAGUUGUCACGUGGUCACACGCUCUCUGCGUACAGCCUCGAUUUUAGUGAAUAAACCUCUUUGUACCAAUGAG